CACUCCAUCCCCAAAAAAACCCCACCCCACUACCCACCCACUUGAUUCUUGAGUCUGAAGAAACCCAAAAAGCAAUGUCGGAUCUCUUUACCACUUUCGAUAGCAACGGCGACGCCGAGCACCACCUGCACCACAACCACAACUCCACAUCCAUGGCCUCGCCCUCCCAGCACAGUCCGAUGACCAACAACAGCAACUCAUCCUCGCAGAACGGCGGUCCAAUCUCCGGCUUGGGCACGGGUUCGGGUUCGGGCACCCCCUCCGGUGUUGGUAGCAAGUCAUCCAAUCACACAGCAUCCGGCCAAGGAUCCGAGAAUACCCCAAUGCUCACCAAGCCGCGCCUCACGGAGCUCGUUAGGGAGGUGGACACCACCACGCAGCUGGACGAGGAUGUCGAGGAGCUGCUGCUCCAGAUCAUCGACGACUUUGUCGAGGACACCGUGAAGUCGACCAGCGCCUUCGCCAAGCACCGCAAGUCCAACAAGAUCGAGGUGCGCGACGUCCAGCUGCAUUUCGAGCGCAAGUACAACAUGUGGAUACCCGGCUUCGGGACGGAUGAACUGCGUCCCUACAAGCGGGCCGCCGUCACGGAGGCGCACAAACAGCGCCUGGCCCUCAUCCGGAAGACGAUCAAGAAGUACUAGAAUGCAGGAUCGGAGGCUUGGUGUCGGUUGGCCGGAUUUCCGUUGGCGUACGCCACCCGCACACACGCCACACAACUAUAUUUUAAGCUCCAAUGUAGACUAAAGAACAAAUUUACCCCGUUCUAUCGUAGUAGUAAAGGAUUAAAAGUGCA